CUAAAACUAUUCUAAAAUUAGAGUUUGUGCUUAGUUCCUAGAUUUAAAAUGGGAGUUAUAAGAGUUCAGCAUUUUGGACGAUAUUACGUCACUGGUUCACUGCUCAUCAGAAACAAUAAGAAUAUCAAAACGGGGAGAUCUAUUCAUACUUCUUUACUGUACAACAAUAACAUCUCAGCGAGUACAAGUAAUAGACUAGGACCGGACCGUGUCCUACCGGCCAGCUCGCUUACAACAACCUGGCCGGACGGAGUAGUGGAGAUCAGGACGAACAACCAUCCUUCCUCAAGAUGGAAACCAAAGUCAGUUUGGACGAUGCUGAAUGACACACUUGCCAGGGUUCCAGAUAGAACUGCAUUAGCUGUAAAGAGAGAUGGUAUCUGGGUGACAUGGUCGUUUACCGAAUAUAUAAACGAUAUCAGAAGUGUGGCCAAGGCCUUUAUUAAUCUUGGUUUGAAGCAGCAUCAUGCAGUAAAUAUUAUCGGCUUCAAUGCGCCUGAAUGGCAUAUAAGUAACAUUGCUAGUGUUGUUGCUGGUGGGUUAGCUACAGGGAUAUACACAACCAACAGCCAGGACUCUGUUAGGUAUGUUGCGCAGCAUUCCCGCGCAAACAUUAUAGUGCUGGAAGAUCAGGAACAGCUGGACAAGAUUUUGAAUAUCCAAGAUCAGCUGAAAGAGCUGCAGUGCAUUGUACAAUACUCAGGAACGCCAACUGUUCCUGGUGUACUAAGCUGGGAGGAACUACUAGAUAUUGGUCGAGGACUACCUGAUUCAGUUCUCCAGGAGAGAUUAGCGAUGCAAGCCAUAAAUCAACCUUGUAUGCUGGUUUACACAUCUGGUACAACUGGAAACCCAAAGGGAGUCAUGAUAUCACAAGACAACAUAACAUGGACGGUAAAUGCAGUACAGGGUAUGUACGAUUGGAAGAUGGAUUGUGAACAUGGCAUUUCUUAUCUUCCCCUUUCUCACGUGGCUGCGCAGAUCAUAGAUAUCUAUCUAUCAGCGUAUGGGGGAGCAACCAUAUCAUUUGCUGAUAAAGAAGCACUCCAGGGUUCCUUGAUAAAUACGCUCAAAGAAGUUAACCCAACAAAAUUUUUAGGUGUGCCACGUGUUUGGGAAAAGAUUGAAGAGAAGUUAAAAGAACUCGGAAAAAAUAACAGCGGUAUAAAGAAGACCGUCAUGGACUGGGCUAAGAAUGCCGCGCUACAGCAUCAUACAGACAAAAUGGCGGGGAAAAGGGGCCAAAGCAUAAGCUACACUGUCGCCAGGUGGUUGAUAUUAAGGAAAAUUCAUGCAGCGUUAGGGUUGGAGGUAGCCGGACAUCCAGAUAACAAUGGAGGAUUUUUCUCCAGCGCGGCUCCACUCUCACCACAGACUUUUCAAUACUUUUUAUCUUUAGAUAUGCCAAUUCUUGAACUCCUUGGUAGCAGUGAGACUGGUGGACCACAGACUGCCUGCCUUCCAGGAGCUGGGAUGCGAGUAGGGAGUGUUGGUAGAUCCUACCCACACUUUGAAACAGUGAUCUUGAAACCUGACAAAGACGGUAUUGGAGAGAUCUGUACGCGAGGAAGAAAUGUCUGUAUGGGAUAUCUUUGGGACGAAGAAAAAACAAAAGAACUGAUAGAUGAAGAUGGUUGGGUGCAUAGUGGGGAUCUGGGUAGAAUUGAUGAGGAUGGAUUUAUCUAUGUCUGUGGACGAAUGAAAGAGCUGAUUAUCACAGGAGGAGGGGAGAAUAUUGCUCCUGUACCUAUAGAAGAUCUGCUCAGGGCUGAACUAGAAGAAAUAUGCAGUCAUGUUAUGGUGAUAGGAGAUGCGAGGAAACAUUUAUCUGUUAUAAUUACACUAAAAACUGUUUUGGAUAGCAGGAAUCAGCCAACCAGUAAACUGCAUCCUGAUGUACAAACCUGGUUAACCAAUUUGGGAUCAGAGGCAACAACUGCAGUCGAACUUAUAAAAGAGGACAAUGACGAAGUAAAGGCAGCCAUUUUGAAAUCAAUCAAGACCGUUAACAAACAUGCUGUCAGCAAUGCGCAGAGGGUUCACAAGUUUAUGAUCGCACCUGAAGAGUUCAGCUUGCAAGGAGGGGAGCUAACACCAACAAUGAAGGUGAAACGUCACUUUGUGCUUGAGAAAUACAAGAAUGAGAUUGAUGCCCUUUAUAAAUAUGAUACAGUCACAUCAAUGUGGUGAUUUUUAAACUUUUUAUGAGCUAUCACUAGAUUUUAUAGUUUUUGUUUUAAUGUAUAAAAUAAAAAUGUUAUUCUUUUUUUUGCAAGAACGUAAAUCGGCUUUAUUGAUUAUAGCAUAAAAAUGCAUUUGAAUAUAUCAUGAAAUUGUGAGAUUCUAUUGUAACCUUUUAUUAUGUUUUCUUCUUCUCUCCGAUUUAUUUUUAAUUUUAAAAUUCGGUGAUGGUGGUGGACCAAACCUCUGUAGAGUAAAAAAAUAAGUUUUGAGUU